CACAUGAACAUGUAUGGCUUGAAGAUGCCCGCAAGCUCGCGGGGAUCUCCUGUCAGCCUCAGCCUGCCCUCGCUGUUCCGAUCCUACGAUAUCGGCUGUGUGAGUGGCCGUGGGCGAGUCGACUGACGAGACCAGAAAACCCUCGAAUUGUCAGCGGGGUUGCGCAACGUCAAUACGGUGAGAGUGCAUACACCUCGUCGAUCAUGCAGCUUAUUUGGCCCGUUACUACCAACGGAAGCAUUGGGUAAUCCCAAAGUCCCUUCAAGGCCCUGACGGAUCCCCAACGUACUCGUUCGAUACGUACGUGCUGUUCUGCUAUCCCCGCCUCAUAUCGCCCGUCGACCUGUCGCGCAUGGUGUGUCCAUACGGGCUCCAAUAUACGCCGCCGAGGCUGCCUCACUGAACCGUCUUCGUAUACGCAUACAGUGUCCGGGCUAUCUAUGGCGGGCUGCGACAACGGCAGGACGGCGUCCGCCUUCAAGCGAUGGGCGCAUCAUCAAAACAGAGGUGAAGGGUAUGUAUGCUCGACAAAGGUAUAAGAUGUGCUACACGAGGAUUGCCUUUGCAGCCGGUCUCCAUCCUCAAGCUCAUCGUGCUCCCUCCCACGUCAUGAAGGCCGGCUUCGUUUUUCUCGCACUCGCUGCCUCUGCUGUCGGGCAGAAGGUUACCAUCGCGUCACCGGCAGCCAACACCGAAGUGAAGGCGGGAGGUAACCUGCUUGUGGAGAUCGACCGCCCGGAUACCCAAACCCCUUCGACCGAUGUUGCUAUCAUGAUUGGUCUCCAGCCUUGUGGUGCUGCCGGCGACUGCGACGCCGUAGCUGCGAACUACGCCCGUGUUCUCUUCCAUGGCCCGUACACACCCAAGCCCGUUGAGGGUCAUGCCGAUAUCUCACACAACUAUACUGUGAAGAUCCCACGGAACACGGCGGCGGGAAGGGCCUUGCUCCAAGUCGCACACUUCUUCUAUAUGGGAGCUGGUAACCAGCCUCAGAUGGAGACCUUGAACACGGUCAUCCAGAUCACUGCGUAA